GAAAUACAAAAUGCUUAUCGGAUUUUAUUUACUGCUGAUGCUCUCAGUUGGACGAUCCACAGAUGAUCAGACCUUUGUGACAACAACUGCUAGAGUUGGAGAAAAUGUGACUCUAACAUGUUCCCAUGACAAAUCAAAACAGGCUUAUGCCCUUUUCUGGAUCAGGCUUGUUGCUGGAAACUUACCUGAGUUCUUUGGGAAAACAUAUAACUUCAAAUAUAAUGAUGAAAACCGGAUUUCUCGCAUUCAAACAAAACAUGAGCCUGGAACAUUUGUUCUUCAAAUCACAGAAACAACACAAAGUGAUACUGCAUUUUACUACUGUUUUAAAUCACAGAAAUGUAACAUUGCUUUUUUGAAAGGAAUCUUUCUGAGAAUUGAAGAACCAGAACCUGACAUCACUGCUGUCAUUCAACACUCUCCAUCUGAUCCGGUCCGUCCAGGAGACUCAGUGACUCUGCAGUGUUCAGUCCUCUCUGACUCUAAGAAGAAAACAUGUCCAGAACAACAACACAGUGUGUUCUGGUUCAAAGUUGGAUCAGAUCAAUCUCAUCCCAGUUUAGUUUAUUCUCAAACUAACAGUGGAGAUGAAUGUGAGAAGAGUCCUGAGGCUCAAUCUCCUCACAGUUGUGUCUACAGCUUCCUCAAGGACAACGUCAGCUCGUCUGAUGCUGGGACUUAUUACUGCGCUCUGGCUGCUUGUGGAAAGGUAGUUUUUGGAAAUGGAACAAAACUGGACAUUGAAGGUGUCAACACACAUGAUUCACAGAAAGUCGACACAUUUCUCUUUGUGUUAUGUGCUGCUUUGGCUACAAGUCUGAUUGUUAUUGUCUUCCUUGUUUGUGCCAUCAGGAAAAAUUCUUGCAAAGCUUCUGUUGCUCUUCAACCAAAUGCUGAGACAGUCAGUGACCUCCAGCAAAAUCAGCAGAGAAAUCAG